CAUCCAGAUACCUUGCAGCAGAACUCUCCAGAAGAAAUUCACACAGCCUCCCCAACCAAUGUCCCUCUGUGCAUGCUGCUGCAGCUGUGGUCCCAAGAUGCCAGUUCUCCAACUGUUGUUUCUGGCCUGCCUGGUAUGGGAAUUGGGGGCCAGGACAGCACAGUUACGAAAGGCCAAUGAUCGAAGUGGCCGCUGCCAGUACACCUUCACUGUGGCUAGCCCCACUGAAUCCAGCUGCCCCGGGGAGGACCAGGCCAUGUCAGCCAUCCAAGACCUUCAGAGAGACAGCGGCAUCCAACAUGCAGAGCUGGUGUCCGCCAAAGCCCGGCUCAGCUCCCUGGAGAGUCUCCUCCACCAGCUGACCUUGGGCCAGGCUACUGGAACCAAGGAGGCCCACGAGGGGCUACAGGGCCAGCUGGGUGCCCUGAGGAGGGAACGGGAUCAGCUGGAGACUCAAACCAGGGAUCUGGAGGUGGCCUAUAACAAUCUCCUACGAGACAAGUCAGCUCUAGAAGAGCAGAAGAGGCAACUGGAACAAGAAAAUGAAGAUCUGGCCAGGAGGCUGGAAGGCAGCAGCCAGGAGGUAGCAAGGCUGAGGAGGGGCCAGUGUCCCUCAACCCAACACUCAUCUCAGGACAUGCUGCCAGGCUCCAGGGAAGUCUCUCAGUGGAACUUGGACACGCUGGCCUUCCAGGAACUGAAGUCAGAGUUAACGGAGGUUCCUGCUUCUCAGAUAUUGAAGGGGAGUCCAUCUGGCCAGCCCCGGAGCAAGGAGGGAGACAAAGGAUGUGGAGAGCUAAUCUGGGUAGGAGAGCCAGUCACUCUGAGGACUGCCGAAACAAUCACUGGCAAGUACGGAGUGUGGAUGAGAGACCCCAAGCCCGCCCACCCAUACACCCAGGAGACCACAUGGAGGAUUGACACCGUUGGCACUGGCAUCCGCCAGGUGUUUGAGUACAGCCUGAUAAGCCAGUUCGAGCAGGGCUACCCUUCAAAGGUUUACGUGCUCCCCCGGGCGCUGGAAAGCACGGGUGCUGUGGUGUACGCUGGGAGCCUCUAUUUCCAGGGAGCGGAGUCCAGAACUGUGUUCAGGUACGAGCUGAACACCGAGCUGCUGAAGGCUGAGAAGGAAAUUCCUGGAGCAGGCUACCACGGACAGUUCCCGUAUGCUUGGGGAGGCUACACAGACAUUGACUUAGCUGUGGAUGAAAACGGUCUCUGGGUCAUCUACAGCACAGAGGAAGCCAAAGGUGCCAUUGUCCUCUCCAGAUUGAACCCAGAGAAUCUGGAACUUGAGCGUACCUGGGAGACCAACAUCCGUAAGCAGUCCGUGGCCAACGCCUUUGUCAUUUGUGGCACCUUGUACACAGUCAGCAGCUACUCUUCCGCCCAGGCAACUGUCAACUUCGCCUACCACACCGGCACCGGCGUCAGCAAGGCCGUGAGCAUUCCGUUCCAGAAUCGCUACAAGUACAGCAGCAUGAUCGACUACAACCCCCUGGAGAGGAAGCUCUUUGCGUGGGACAACUUCAACAUGGUCACCUACGAUAUCAAGCUCUCUGAGAUGUGAGGAGGACCCCCGUAUCCCUACCUGGUUAGGCUCCUGGGUGAAGCAGCUGCAGGGAGAGGCAGCCAGCUGCAGCUGCAUGGAGCUUCCCUCUGCUCCUCAAGCUUUCGUUCACCCAGUCAACGUGCAGAGUCACCACCUGACUGGGCAGGGAUGCAGCCUAGGGGCAUGGACAGCUGCAUAUAAUAUGUUCUCUUCUGUCAGCUUUUAAAAGCUUAUAAGUUCAUCUUAUAAAGUUCAUAUCUUGCAGCAAUGGGGAGCAAAAGCUAUAAGCAUGGUUGUUUCUUCAUGAAGCCAUUGUUCUUGCAAGCUGUAUGGUCACCCUGCUCCCUGAGAAGCAACGGCAGUUCUAGAGGGACCACUCUUGCGGCUAGAACUGUUCCUGGAGAGGGUUCGUCUACUGCAGUUUCGAAAGCUUCAG